CAUAUUAUAAAUUCCCUCGGGUAAAAAAGAUUGACAUAUGUUGUGUCGGGAAAGGCGUCAAAUAUCCCUCACUCUUCUAUUGAUCAAUUGUCAUGACGUCACUGGUGGAAUUUUCGACCGGUGAAUUUUGCGCCAAAUAGGUAUAAAAAGUCCUUUAAAAUGGCAAAACUAACCAGGAAAAAAGAAGGAAUUAAUAAACUGCCAACAACGGUCCUAUUCUGGACGACACUCACUCUGAUGAUCAUAUUUUAACUAGAAAAACGUGUAUCGCAGAAGCUCGCGAAGCUCGGGGGAGGAGACCCAUAGAUAGAAAUAGAUAGGCGGAAUAGAAAUAGAGUAAACUGUGUAACUGGGGAAGGCGGGUUACAACACCGGCUCUAAUAAUGGAAGGUGAGAUAUACUCAAUCUCCAUUUUUCAAGUACUCAGUGUGGAUUAUUUUUAUAUCUUACAUAGGAAAGAAGUCAAUCUCAAACCUUAUGCCGAGGUAAUGUUCACAAACAUACUUUCAUUCUGUCGAACUUAAGUCACCUCUGUUCCCUGUACAACUAAAAAAAGACGGUCUAAAAGAUAGAAGUUUAAGAAAACACUCUAUCAUAUUUUAUAAUAACAAACGACGUUAUCACUUUCUAAGCCUUGAAAGCUUGUCCUUCUAAUCACUACAUUUUGUCCUUUUUCUUGUCGUCUGUGUGCAAUAAAAGCCCCCAACAGCACCAACCCACUGCACUUGGUGUGAAAAAGGCCCGUUACAUUAGAGAGCUUUAGAUUUGAGGACGAGAACGAGUACGACUACGGGAUUUAACUUAAAGGUUUUGCGCGUUCUCAAAAAGACUCCCCAGAAAGUUUCAUUUUACUUUUUUUCAUAAAAAAGAGUUAGUACUGCAAGCGGUUAAGCCCUCUUCCGAUAACAAAAUGAUAAAAAUUCCAUAAUUUGAUAACUUGUUCCCGCCACUACGACAUUCUCGCUAAAACUCGUAGUAGAAUGACGACUGCUUCGUGGCGAUUCGUCGCUGCGAAGUCGCUGUUUUCAGGGAAAGGUUUUUUGCGUGACUGAGAAUCGCCAAAAACCUGCUUGAUACGAUAAGUGUUUACAUCACAUGCGCACUACGGUAAGCGCUGCCUGAAAACUGCAAAAUCGCCACAAUGUUAUUUCUUAAAAUUGAACGAAAGUUGACCUGUGUAAACGGUUUUUGUUCUUGUUGUCGCCUUCAAUAAUUUUCAUAAUUACGUCCCGCCAUAAUUAUUUCACAUAAUUAUGUGCUGGUGGUACUUCUAUCUACCGCAGCAUUUCUACCACGUGCUACAAUCGCUCGCCUUCGUCGUCAUGGCAGUGAUCAUUAUGCGGCUGAAGCUCUUUGGCACGCCGGCGCUUUGUGUCUUGGCCUCUCUUUUAGCUUCUAGACAGGUAACAGUGAUGAAAUUGUCAGAUUAUAAUUCCACUUUCAGUUAAUGGGGCCACUGUAAGUGGCUCACACUGUUCUGUAACCUGCGAGUAAGCUCUCCAUUUGAAGGAGUCGCGCGAAGUCACGCGAGAUUAGCACGCAAAAGGAGACGCGAAUGUCAGGGGCAGUCGCUUCGCUCGCCGUAUAAAUUGAAGAGCCUGAUCGCGGGCUAGCUGUUGUGGUAUCCUUGCCUCUUUUUCUCUCUUUUUUGUUUCCUUCUGUUCUUUAAUCAUGUUGAACGAGGUAACAGACAGGUUAUUGUGAUAAAAUUGCCCAGGGAGGGGGGUACCCCGACUUCCAACCCCUCACUCGUUUAUAUAUCAUUUGUGACAGAAAGGUACCCAUUUCGUACACCUUCCACUGAUAAAUGGUACCCCUUUCACAUACUUGUUUUGAACGCUGCGUCUCUUUUAAUUUCUGAAAAAACGCACUGUCUUUCAAAUAUGAAUAGAUCACUAAACGAGAACGUGUUCUUGUUCUAAAAUGCAUCUGUUAUCCCUUUUGGGCCUUUUUACGGACCGAAAUGACAGAUUCUCUACCCUCCCUACCCUUUCAUAUACUUCAAUAACCGAAAUCCCUACCCUUUCAUAUAUCUGAAGCCUGAAAAAGGUCAGUACUCCUUACGGGCGGAGCCUCCCCUCCCCGCAUAGGCCAUUAAAGGGAGGGAUAAUCUCCGGGUAAGAUUGUCAGAUUAAACUUGCACCUUUAGUUAAAGGGGCCACAGCCCGGGGGGGGCACUUUAGGAAUUUCUGGGUGGGGAUGUGCCGCUGGGAGCCUGGAACCCUUAACCUUUACCAGAGCUAGUUCAGCUGAAUUUUGCUACCCUAUACUAGAGUAAACUUCCCAAAUCCCCCUAUCCUAGAGUAGCUGUGUACCUAGUCUAGAUAAAAUCUUCAACCAACUGAUCAGUUUCUUGAAAAAUGAUACCCUAUACUAGAGUAAACUUCCAAAUCCCCCUAUCCUAGAGUAGCUGUGUACCUAGUCUAGAUAAAAUCUUCAACCAACUGAUCAGUUUCCUGAAAAAUGAUACCCUAUUCUAGAGCCAAACGCUCUGAUUUAUAUACCCUAUCCUAGAGUAAACUGCUUGAAAACCAUACCCUUCACAGCGGCACAUACCUAUAUAGCCCAUAUAUGGCAGUACCCCCCCCGGGGGCCACAGUAAGUGGUUUGCACUGUUGUGAUAUCACUGCCUCUUUCGUGCCGUUUGAAUUAUAAAAAUUCAUAAAUUUAUAGAUUUCCUGCCUCCCGAAAAACCAACAUUGGUCAACUUUUUUGAUUUAUAGAUAUAUUUUUUUCCAGUUGUUUGGUUUUCUUCUUGACAAACGGAAACACCAAGCUGCAGUAAUUUUACUCAUCGCUGCCAUGUCUGUUCAAGGAGUAAUGAACCUUAAAGUACAGUUUGUAAGUACUAUUACUCCAAACAAGCUCGUAUGCGAACGUUGUAUCGAAUGCAUUGGAAACGCUAUCACUUAUUUAAUUGGCUGUUGCGAAGUUUCGCCAGGAGCUGGGUCCAAAUUCGUCCCCCAGAAUAGUUCCAUAAUGCAAUUCGACACGACACCGAUCCAGUGUUGGCUUUUUUUGGAGUCGGCGAUUAACGGACACGUGCACAUUUUGAAGGGACUAAAUUACCCUAGUUUACUGGCCUUAGCUCCCACGAGACUCCUGUAGCUUGGUGUUAGAGCAUCUGGACUAGAAGGUCAUAGGUUCGACUCCUAUUGCCAGAUUGUUUCUUUCACUAAAAUUUCAUGAAGAACAACUUAAUUGUUAUAUAAAAUAAGAUAGGUAAACAGAACUGGGAUGCUUGAAACCCUGGUCAUUUGCUUCAUAACCUACAUCCAUAUCCAUUACGCCAUCGAGGACUAGGUGCCAAAUCCCGGAUUUUUUAAAACAUACAUGUACGUAUGCUGUAUCCCAUAACAAUGUUUGAAAGCUAACAGUCGUAGUUCAGUGCUUAACCCAAAUCACUGCAAAUCAUACGCUCUCUCCAUAAUUGGCGCUGUGCAGUUUGUUUGUUUGUUUGUUUGUUUGUUGUUGUUGUUGUUGUCUUUUCAGCAAUUCUGCAAGGUUCGUGGGCUUCUGUUCGAGUCUUGUUACGUUAAGAGAAUAAUGCGUUGUGUGAGCCUCAUAAAGUGUUCAUUUUGGCUUCACCCGAUGUUAUCUAAUAUAAAACCCUACUUGUGGUAUACUCGGAUUUUUUCUUCCGAUCCGCCUGUAUCUCUCACUGAAUAAACGUCUAUCUCAUAAGUCUGGCCUCGACUAGAGGAAAUAAGGUGAAAAACGAGAGUUUAUUUGAUUUUGAUAAAAACUUAAUUUAACUUCAGGCAACCCAAGGAGAAUACAACAACCCAGAACAAGAAGAAUUGGUAAGUUAAAGAGAGAAAUUUUUUUUUGGCUUUCACUCAGUGUUAAUGACCUAUGGUAUAAAUGAUCUUGUUCACUUUUACCUUUUAGAUUGAGUGGAUCAAUUCGAAGACGCCCAAAAGUGAGUUGUAAUCUUAGAUAGUGCAACAAGUUUAAAUCCAUGACAACGCUAUAUCGCUGGCUCUUCGCAUCGAGUGCAGACAAUGUGAUAAACUUUGACAUUUUAAAGAAAGCAGCAAAGCUUGUUAUCGCGGACAUAGAAGCUCAAUAAAACAAUAGGAUCCAAUUAUAGUUCCGCUUUUUUUUUUUUUUUUACAGCCGAAGGUGGGUGAAAUACUGCUUGCAAUACCCACGCUCUACAGUCAACUCUCUAUAAGACGGACACCUUUGGGACCGGCACUGAGUGUCCGUCUUUGAGAGGUGUCCGUCUUAUAGAGAGUCAAAUAAAGGGAGUAAAGAAAGGCAGGGACCAACUCAAGGUGUCCGUUUUACAGCGGUGUCCGUCCUAUAGAGAUGUCCGUUAAGAGAGAGUCGACUGUACCUCUUAUAUUGCUUCACACGUAGCAUUUCAUGGGUUCGUUGAGUUACAGUCAAGUCAUAAAUACACCGAUAGCAGCAGCCAGUGGCGCCUUGUAUGUUGACAUUGGAACUUACAGGGACUGUGUCACGAGGAAAUUGCUGUUUUAGGUCAUUUCUGUGCCGAAGUCAUUACUAUGUCUGAAGAUAUCGAACAAAUUUCAUCAGAGAGCACUAAACAAUAAUUCUUUUGGUGAUUUUUGAAGACAUAGUAUUUCACUUGAAAACGUUUGCCCAACUUUUCCAAGUUUCAGUCCAUGUCCAUCCCUUGCAACAGAGGACAGGAAACAGUUUCAAUGUCUAAAAUAUAACCUGAAAUAACAAAACAGAAACAUUUUUUCGGGAAUUCAGUGGGCCCUUUGCAGAAUAUGGCCACAUGGUACAAAAAACACCUUUUUGGAUGGCAAAGAAACGAUGCAGUGGGAACUUGAAAAGAAAUUAUUUUAGCUUUUUGAAUGAUGUAAUCUCUUUGUAUUUCUUGACCCUCAGCGUCGUUUGCCAUCCAGCAAGGUGUUUCUUGUACCAUGUGACCGUAUUCUACAAAGGGCCAAUCGAUGCGAAGACGCGUAUUAACUUUGUAAAAAGAUAGUAAAUAGCUUGGCAUAUCCCCUUUUUAUGAAUAAACAACGUAAAGAGGACUCGUGCUGUUGUACUCUCAUCAACGACAUUACAUUACAUUAGAUCGAAAUGAAUUGCAAUACAUUGCAUUACGUAACAUUACGUUUCAUUGAAAAUCUAGUGACAAAUGACUUCGCUUGCAAGGACUAGAAAAUCCCUAAAAUGAACACAUUUACGAGCACGUUGUCAAUCGCUGUCGUUUUUGUUUUCUUCUUCCAUUAGACUCUGUGUUUGCUGGGGCCAUGCCCACAAUGGCCACCGUAAAACUCUGUACAGGAAGAGCUGUAGUGAACCAUCCCCAUUAUGAAGAUGUUGGUAUAAGGUACAGUCUCAACAUAUAUUACUUUGUACGAUUCAGAUUUAGAUUUAUAGCACUUUACCCACACUUACGUCCAGGAUUGAACGCAGUCGCAAAAAUUUGCUAGCAAAUUGUUUUCGCAAUGUUGGCAAAAAAGAUUUAUAGGAAACUGCUGUCCGAAAUGCAUGGAAGAAAUAGCAAAUAUAUCAAGAAUAACAAAUUCAACAAGGAUUGCACGCUUGCGAUAUUUGCAAGUAAGUGUCUCAGAAAAUUUUCUUGUGAAUCAUUUUUUUGCUAAAAUUGCGAAAAAAAAUUGGCUAGCAAAUUUGUGCGAUUGCGUUAAAUCCUGGACAUAUCUCUUAGGUUGGUGAGGUCAAAGCAAGAGAGCUCGCCCCAGUUGUUCAAAGGGUGAUUAACGCUACCCAAUGGAUAGCGCAGUUGGUUUCCCUAACACUUGUCCGCUGGAUAGUGCUAUUCAACGUUUGAUCAACUAUGGCCUGGGUUUUGGGAGUAGACAAUGCCAGAAGUUGUAACAUUCCUCAUGGUUCUUCUAGCUUAACCAGUUGCAAAAAUACUUGAGACACUGUGACUUCAGUUGUUUGCGCUUAACUGGCCAUACCAUGAUCUUGUGCUUGAAACUUCACGAAGUUGCGCGCGUCUGUUCUCGAGACGCCAUGAUGGCCAAGCUCACUCGGACAGAAGAACUACCAAUUUCACCACCCCUUCCCCCUCUCUGGUUAAGAUCUAAGCAUGGUGAAUUUUUUUUUCGUAUCGCAGGGAAAGAACUCACAAAGUCUACCAAAUCUUUAGUCGCAAACCGCCCUCUGUUGUCUGGAAAACCUUGAAUUCAAUGCAAGUAACUCAUGUGGUUAUUGACACGCAGUGGUGCCGGGGGAGACCAAAGUAAGUAGUUCUUCUUCAACAGUUGUAGGUAUGAUUUGCCCAUUUUCCGAUGCGACUGUAGGUAUUUUAAUACCUACAGUCCUUAAAAGUGAACUCACGUGAUUUCAGGUGCGUAGCCAGCUUUUCGUCUAAUUGUAGACCCGGCUGACUUUUAUUUCCACACAUCCUGAAAAUUGCACCCAUGACUAGCUCACCCCAACAACGCAUAAUUUAUUACAAGCGGUAGUGUGAUCAAACGAAAAAUUUGUAGGCCUGGAUGUACAGGUCUAUGGACUGGCUAUGCCCUUGGAUUUGGAGUACAGUUUGGAAUUAAACCGCAAAAAGCAUGAUUAAAUUUUUUCCAAUACCAAAGUGCGAGGUCUUAACAAGUGCUGAUAUAUUCAAAAUUACCAAAGGAAAAUCGUGCGAGCGUCUUUUAGCAUUAUAAAAACAUAUUCUGCCUUGGAAAUGCAAUUUUCGGGAAAUCACUACUAAGGAAGCCAAAUGAAAAGAAAAUUUGUAGCAACACCAGGUCCCUUUUCCGCACUUUUUCCUUAAAAUGCAUUUCUCUUAGCUCAUCAAAGUCGAGAAAUUUUUUCAUAAAUAUCAUAAGCUUACCAUUUAUCCACCCAAAGACCUCUCCGGCAUUUCGCUCCAGUUUUCACAAGCAAGGUGUGAGGCUUAAAUGGGCAGAAGUUUGAUACAAAUCAAUGUGUUUUGUCGUCUGAAGUCUCGAGUAGCUGCCUUUGUUCACAGUCAACCUCGUAUCCCGGGUUCUCUAGACAGAACCUGGGAAGGAGGUUGGUUCACGGUCUGUUCGCCGCUUUAGAAACUAGAAGGAAACUGGGCCGAGUUAACUUUCGCAAAGACUUCUGGGAUUGCUGCUAGAGACGGGGAAAACAAUUGGCCAAUAGCUGACUGGCGCGUCCCCAGUAACCAUCCCAGAAACAGUUGCGGGACGCCUUUCGGUUCCAGUUCACUUCUCCUUACUUAAGUGGCGAAUAGGCCAUUUCCGAGUUCCGCCGGGACUCUUUAUCAAAACGAGGUUAAGUGCUCGACCUUUGAUAUAGAAUUGAUUUUUUAUUUUCAUGCAAAUAAAACACAUUUUCACAAGAAAGGUUUUCGCACCCGGCGUCAUUUUGAAAGUGAGGGUUUUUGGAACUCGGAAGUGGCCUGUUUUUCUCCCCGUAUAAUUCUGUGUUUGCGACUCUCUGCAGGCCUGGUUGUGGCAUGGUUGACAUCUGGGACUUAGAAGAUGUAGAAAACAGAAACCGACCGAGCUGUUGCAAUGCCCUGGAACAGAAUCCAACCCCUUUUAAAAUGGUGUUCAGCAAUGCGAAAUACUACGUUUUCCAACUCCAUAACAGCUGACAGACUUGUAAAACUUUCAGAGUUGUUCACGUAAAUGAAUUGUAUCUAUAAAACGUUAUUUAAACAAUGACUAGACGCUCCGCAUGUUAUUGUUAUGGUUUUUGUAAUUCACAGACAGAAGAUCCGACGCCUUUUAAAACAGUGCUCAACAAGGAUAUACGUAUUGCGUUUUUAGACCCCUUAAAGGUUUCCUUAAAAUGCCUAUAUUGUAUCUCGAGGAAAUGGCGCCACCAAAGUUAGGCACUGUUGGGUUAUCGACCUCAGCGUUUAGCCUCGGUGGAUAACAUCCUCCUCGAUCUGCAUACCUUAAUUAUUCACAUCCUACUCAACCGCAUUCCAUAAUUGCAACAAGUAUCGGCACGUCGCACUAACUUAAACGACGCACUAAAAUAGUUACGGCAUAAAAUAUAUAAAAAGUCAUUUCUGCCACAAAUAAUGUUAAUAGGCCUAGUUCAAGGCCAAUUCUGUUAGUAAUAACACGAAUGAUUGAACAAAAUGUUAUUGUUUUAUCAUGAUUACGACAGCAAACAGAAUAAUAGGUGGUUUUCACGUUACGUCAUCGCCGCCAUGCUGGUGGACGGUAAACAAAAGAUCGCUCAUUAGCUCGCUUUGUUUGUCCACCAGCAUUUGUUCAUUUCACCAUUGUUAUUUGUGUCUCCCGAGAUUGCGUGAAAACCACCUAUAUGUAGUUUAAUUCCGUAUAACUCAAACAAAAAUUGAAAAAGCAAUUUGAGCCGCUAGUUUCAACAUUUCAGUUGUAAUAAAAUACAAGAUUUCCGAAAACUUUUGACGUGAAAACGAGAGAAAAGAAAUAAUUCAAAAGCAACUGUUCUGUUACAGCGCGCGACUAGUGACAAAUAUUGUUCAAUUACUUUAGCACCUUCAUUAUACGGAAGCCUCCCUCGUUCAAGCAGUUCACUUGGUUUCAACACUUACAGUGGAACCUCGAUAUAACGAGCCUCUAGAUAACGAAGUCCUCGUUAUAACGCACGAUAUUCUUCGCCCCAGUACAGUAGAACCUCGAUAUAACGAACCUCUGUUUGACGAAGCCCUUGUUAUAACGAACGAUAUUCUUCGCCCCAGUACCGUGGAACCUCGAUAUAACGAAACCUCAUUAUAAAGAACGCUAUUCUUCGCCUCAGUACAGUGAAACCUCGAUAUAACGAAACUCUAUAUAACGAAAACCUCGUUAUAACGAACGAUAUUCUUCGCCCAGUAUUGUCAUAGUAAAAUACCGUAUAUGAAAAAGAACCUCGAUGAAACGAAACCUCGAAAUAGCGAACAUAUUUUCACAGUCCCUUGACCCUUCGUUAAAUCGAGGUUCCACUGAACUAUGUUGAGGUCUAUAAUACAUUUAAUUAGCGCAAAGCUCAAGAGCUUCCUUUCCCGCCUUAUUAAUAACGAUAUAUCUGUAUCAGCCUUUAACUCUUUACAGAGAAACUACACUAGAUGUCACUAUCGCGUAUUUAUGACAUGAAUUCGUUAGCC